AUGGGGUCUUUAUUGAUCAACGCAGCAUUGCUGGGCGGUGGCUUUGUACUUGGCCGCGUGCCACUACUGCCAAUUGCGGCGCAGAUUCUUGACGAACUUAAUGCGCUUCCCACCGUGCGCAAGAUCAUCAUGGCGGCACUCGUAACGCUCAUAGUGGCGCUAUAUGUAUUAGUAAUUCUCAUUCCAUUGCGCUGCGUGGCUCAUCAAGAGGCAAUUGAAUCCACUGAGAAGUCAAAAAGGAUUAAAGUCACGUCAUUUCGUCGAGAACUGAGGCGUCGAGGUAGCUACAGCAUGAGCUACGUGACAGAUGUUAAAGCACACGUAUUCUCUCUUUGCUCAGUAUAA